GCUUAUCUUGCGUCAACUAGACCUACCCGCAGGCUCUCGAUACUCAAUGGCCGAACUGCACGAGAUGGUUGUGACUGACCCCGACACAGAAAACCUGACACGGGAACAAAAGGAGGCUUACAUUGCAGCUCUUGAGGAGCAUCGCGAAAGAAAAGUCGUCGGUGUUCGGGCUCAUAAUCUGGCAGCUGCGCGAGAUGUUGUAGCCACGACGGAUAGGAUCAGUCAAAGAGAUGAUCUACGAGUUCGGACAGGUGUCUAUGGAACGCUCUUUGUCGUCCGCGGUCACAUCAACGACACCAUUCAAAGCGCGAUGCACGGCACAGAUAAUUCUGAAGAUUUUUGGGAGGAUGUGUAUGAGCAUCCCAUGGCUGACUUUCUUAGGCAAUAUGAACAAUGGGCGUGCACCCAGAAUCAAAAUCUCAAUGAACGUGACUCUUUGGGAGCUGUAAGAAAGCAAGUAUGCAAGAUGAUCCUCCGGGGCCUAGUUGCCGUGACAGGCAAAAAAGAUAUCGCGAUGAAUUACAGUAACUACGAAACAUCUGUCGUCGAAACAUACAGAUUCGUUAACCCUUCGAAUAUUGGGACCGUCGGUGAUAUUCGCAAGCUCCGGGAUGCUCUCAAGACACAUACAUGCUACUGGGCUGCUUUAUCACCAGCAGAGGUCAAGACUCAUGCGUCCGAGCUUGAUACACGCCGUUCAGCCGGGGAAGCCGUUCGGAAGCCCCGAAAAAAACGUUCAGAUGCUGGAGUCCCUCGGAAGCGUAAAGGUGGGCCUAGCGCAGGACGGGCAAACAAAGAGAAUCAUAGGCCAUCGAAGAGAGGGAAGAAGAACCCUGCCCAGCCGCAGGAAUGUCCCAAAAGCGCUGAAUUUGUGGAGUCUUCUGACGAAGAAGGGGAGGCUGAUGAGGAGUAGUGUAGCUUAGUUUACACGUUCAUAUGACUGAUUUACGUAUCGCAAUCAUCAGUUUUGCUUUGUUCGUCGAAA